CAGCCCAACUAAUCUCAGAGAAACGAACGUAAACUAACAGAGUUCAGCAGCGCCGGCUUUAACAUCCAGCACAGCGAAGGCCUUGGACUCCAGAAAUGAACAGAAACAAAGUUCUGGGGAUCUUUCUAACUGUUUCAGCGCUGAUCAGUCUGUGCCAUGGUUGGGACGUUCAGGUGUCAGAAUCAGUUACAGCUGUUGAUGGAAGCUGUGUUACACUACCAUGCAAAACCAGCUCACACUCUCAUGUGGUUUGGUACCUGUACAGAAAAGCAUCAUCCCCAGUAGUGUAUUCCAAAACUCCUGGAGAUAUAACAGACAGUUUCAGAAGAAGAACAUCAGUCUCAGGAGAUCCUGCACAAGGAGACUGCAGCCUGAAGAUCGACAGAGUUCGCUCAGACGACAAUGGUGAAAUACUGUAUCCAUGGAUCCAUCCUAACACCGGUAACCAAUAUCAUUACACCAAAGUAAACGUUGAGAAACCCAGGACUCCUGAGAUUUCCAUAGAGAGCUCACAAGUGGAGGGAACACUGUUCUCCGCCCACUGUGCAGUCCAACAUUCCUGUCCUUCAUCUCCACCAUCGGUCCAAUGGUUUGGUCUAUCUAUCCUUUCUGACAGUGUGACCACCACAAAGAACCAGGACGGACUGUGGACUUCAGUGACUCAAGCUCAAUUCAGACCAAACCAUCAAGACCACGAGAAGAAUCUGAGUUGCCAAAGCUCAUACAGCGGCAAAACUUUACGUAGUAAUGCUCUUAAAAUCAACGUCCUAUAUGCCCCAACGAAUGUAAGAAUAACAGGGACAGAGGGAGCUAUAAUUGAAGGCAAGAGUGUCUCACUCACAUGUACCAGUAACAGCAACCCUCCACCAAUCGACUACGAAUGGUAUCUCAACCAGGUCUUCAGCACAAACCAAAGUAAAGCAGAGUUUUUCCUUGAACAAGUCAAACGACACACAUCAGUCUCCUGCACUGCACGUAAUUCCUAUGGACGGGGUCAGUCAGAAGAAACAGAGUUGAAGGUCCAUUUUCCUCCCACCAUCCUACUGGACUCUGCAUGUUCGGACUGGACCGGAGGUAUGCGGUGUGUGUGCCGGGCAGAGGCCGAGCCCAGAGCUAGCAUCACCUGGAUGGUUAAUGGAAGCAGCUUUCUCCCCCCAAACUUUACAGCACUGGCUAACUACACCGGACGGGUGACGGUGUCAGAGUUAACAGGACCCCUGACCCUCAACGUAUCCUGUGAGGCAUCCAACUACCUGGACAGGAGCAGUUAUGAGAUACCUAUGCACCAGCCACUGUCAGGAGGAACAGUUGGGUUUAUACUAGCAGCUGUGCUGUUUGUCGUACUGGGAAUUGUUGUGGUGGCUGUGAUCUGCUUAAAAAAGAGACGAAAACCUCUCUCUGCUGACUCCAGCAAAAGAUCCCAUACAGAUUUGAGUGGACUCCACACAGGGAAGUGUGAAACUGAUGACACUAUCUACAUGAACGAUACAGGGCAUCUCUACACCGACACCAUGAGACACCAUCCUACACAAAAGAAUGAAAUAGAUGUUAUCUACGAGAAUUACUGAGACCUUCUGUGAUGACCUCCAAAGGGAUGUUCGAGUAAUUAUAAUCAACACUCCAAAUACUGAAGGAUGUAAAUGAUCUAUUAUCUGACUAUUCAAGUCUAUGUUCUGUGUGGUUCUCAGCACUGCAGUAAGACUGACAUAGUAGAUAACCUUUUACAGUUGCAAGAAAAAGUAUGUGAACCCUUUGGGAUUAUACUUGGAUUUCUGCAUAAAUUGGUCAUUAAAUGUGUUCUGAUCUUCAUCUAUGUCACAACAAUAGACAAACACAAUCUGUUUAAAUGAAUACCACACAAAAAUUAUAUGUUUGCAUGGUUUUAUUGAACACAACAUGUUAAAAUUCACAGUGAGGGGGUUAAAGUAUGUGAAUCUUUGGAUUUAAUAACUGGUUGAUCCUCCUUUGGAAGCAAAAACUUCAACCAAUCGUUUCCUGUAGUUACAGAUCAGACCUGCAGAACAGUCAGGAGGAAUUCUGGAUCAUUCCUCUUCACUAAACUGUUUCAGUUCAGCUAUAAUAUUCUUGGGAUAUCUGGUGUGAAUCUCUCUCUUGAGGUCAUGAUGCCACAGCAUCUCAGUUGGGUUCAGGAGGUCAGGACUCUCCAGAAGGCUCAGUAUUUUCUUCUGUUGAAGCCGUUCGGUUGUUGAUUUACUUCUAUGUUUUGAGUCGUUGUCCUGUUGCAUCAUCCAUCCUCUGUUGAGCUUCAGUUGGCAGACAGAUGGUCUUAAGUUUUAAUGCAAACUGUUUCUCCACACAUAGUGUUGUGUGUUCCUUCCAUACAACUCAAUUUUGUUUUCAUCUGUCCACAGCAUAUGUAGCCAGUACUGCUGUGGAACAUCCAGGUUCUCUUUUUUUGCAAACUUCAAACGUGCAGAAAUGUUUUUUUUGGACAGAAGUGGCUUCCUCCGUGGUGUCCUUCCAUGAACUCCAUUCUUAUUUAAUGUUUCUCUUAUUGUAGAUUUAUCAACAAAAAUAUUAGCAUGUGCCAGAGAUUUCUGUAAGUCUUCAGCUGACGCUCUAGGAUUCUUCCUCACCUCAUUUAUCAUUCUGCGCUGUGCUCUUACAGUCAUCUUUACAGGACUUUACCACGCCUAGGGAGAGUAGCAACAGUACUGAACUUUCUCCAUUUGUAGACCGUCUGUCUUACCGUGGACACAUGAACAUCAAGGCUUUUAAAGAUAUUUUUGUAACCCUUUCCAGCAUCAUCCAAGUCAACAAUCCUUGAACGUAGGUCUUCUGAGAGCUCUUUUGUAAGAGGCAUGAUUCACAUCAAGCAAUGCU